UCAAUUUAAUUUCUUUUAAUUUCAGUGAAUUGCGACAAACAAGGAAUAAACUACUGGAGUUACUUACUGACCCGAACCAUGAUAUAGUAACAGUAGAGAAGGCCACGGCUGAUUACUUCUGCCUGCUUAUGGGCCUCACACAGCCAUUCGGAGAGGAAGGGGAAAACAAAUUGAGAAAAGCAAUCAAGUACAAAUGGACCAAUACACUUUUGGGAAAUACUCCUAUGGAACAGUUUGAUGCUGUAUUCGAGGCAGCAUCUAUGGCCAUCAACAUAGCAUUGUGGUAUACAAAACAUGCUGCCAAACUGGCUGCUAAGGAAGAACCAGAUAUGGAGGAAGCAAAGGAGGUUCACAAGUGUUUGAGGAUAGCUGCAGGUAUAUUUAAAUUUGUCAAGGUAAGAUAUUAA